AGAUUCUUCAUCAGCAGUUGCGCAUUGUUUUGGUGGUUUUUAGCACCUCACUUCACUGCAUUCAUUCAAUUUAUUCUCAGAAAAGCUGAACAUGUGACAGCGAAAAUAAAGAGGUAGAUAAACGCAGUUAAAGUUAUACAGUUGGCCUUCUAGAACUCAAUUUAUCGUCCUUGUUUAUGUCUGCUCAUCUACCAUUGAGGCUUUUGUUCAACCCUUCCACCUCAAAUAAACCAGGAGCAUCAUCCCUGCCCCAUGAGUAGUGAGCUGGGCUUUCUGCCUGCCAUGUACUCAUUCCCUGGCUUAAUCAAUGUCCCUGAAAUGGGGAUCAAUAUUGGCCCUGCAAAUACCCGUCAACACCUGCCGGGAGUGUCGCCCCCAAGCACGAGUUGGGAGAGAAGAUGCCUGAGAAAGCACAGGAGGAGAACAGAUGAUGAAGGAUGCAGUGCCAAAAAGAGGAGGCUGAUGGGAGAUGCAGGAUGCGAUCCUUUGGAUGACCUCAGCCAUAAUGCGUGUCAGAUCUGGCCACCAGGCAACAAUGGCCCCCCUCUACCUGAAUCAGCCAGCCAAGCACCUCCCCAGCACUGCCUGGGGACUCAGAAACUGGGGCUGCCCAUAUCCGUGUCUCCCUCCCGUCUGGUCCGUCCAGAAGCAGAAGGCUCCUGCAUCGAGGUGGAGUCUGCUCAUAGAAGACUGCAGGAGAUUGAGGAAAGGAUCAGUCUGGAGGAUGAUGAUGAUGACCUGGAUGUGGAGCCAGCACCCAGGCGGCCAGUGCUGGUGAUGUCUGACAGUCUGAGGGAGGGGCUUCAGCGUGGCAUCAGUGACAUUCUCCCCCACACUGUGGCCCAGUCUGUGAGCCACUCCUGUAUGGAGCUGGUAGUAUGGCGCCUCCCAGAGGAUGCGCUGUCUCGAAAGCUGAAAGACUCCCUGCAGAGGAAGCAGCAGACUACCAGCAGGCAGCCGCUGACCCCCAGUGCCCCUACCACUCAGAUUCCCCUCACCCCCACAAACCCCUCAGGGGAGACGUACUCCCCUCUGUACUGCAGCCCAGGGGCCGGGGCCCACAGCUCUGGAGAGGAGGACAUGGAGCUGUAGGGCUUUUGAGACCCAGCAUCAGGAAUGCCCAGAGUAGCUACAGGUCUCAGCCUUGGUUCACUUGGUUGGACCCUCAGAGAAGCCAAGGAGAGACAGAAAAAACUGCAUAGACAGAUCCAAAACUUCACAGUGAUAUGAACGUCUGCUUUGGAUCAAGACCAGGCUGUUGGGCAGCAUGGCACAUGUAUACUACUUGGCCAAAAGAGGGCAAGUACCCACUUUCUUUGUGUUACAGUUAGAUAAUACUGGAUGUAAAUAGCAACUGCCUCUAAAAAAACAACUUCUCAUUUAGAAAACAGCCCUAUGUGUCAUUAAUAUGAGUUAGAAACAUGUAUUCUACUGUCAAAAUUGACUACAAAGUGUAAAUAAACUCAGUCUCAUCAAAAA